GUUUAAGCGGUCCUGGCUCACCCUUAAUGUUAGAUCAGUCCUCUCUGCUAAUCUGUUUUGCCCACGCCAGUGGCCAUGACUACAUCUCGGGAAGUCAAUUCUGCAAGUUAAUUAAGCGCUGCAUGAAGAAAUAACUUGCUUUUUUUGGUCCUGAAUGACAGCCCAAGUUCUAGUGCAAGGAAGCAAAACAAGCUGCCCACUUCCUCUAUAUGAUAGUCACAGUGUUGUAAAUGUCUGUCAUGCUACUCCUUUUCAUACUUCCCCACCCUUAAACUGAAGAGCCCCAGAUUUUGUAAUCUUUCUCUGUAGGGAGGGCCUGCCAACUUUUGCAUCUUUUCCUGUUUUUUGAGGAGUCUAGGUGAAAAAGGCCUCCCCGUACAACCAAUCCGUCAUCAUGGCCCCCACGCUCGCCACUGCCCACCGGCGCCGCUGGUGGAUGGCCUGCACAGCCGUGGUGGAGAACCUCUUCUUCUCUGCCGUUCUCCUGGGCUGGGCCUCGCUCCUCCUCAUGCUCCAGUCAGAAGGCUUCUACUCCUACCUGUGUCACCCACCAGAGAACGUGACCAUCCCAGCCAACGCCAGCCUCUCCACCGGCAAUGUGACGACGGUACACGAGGAGCCGGUGCGUGUGAACGGCUGGCUCACCUGCAAGGAC